AUGCAGCCAUGGGAGCUGUUCGAGAAGAAGAUGGAGCAGAAGGGAUCCAGCCAGGCCGCGAUCGGAGCCUUCAAGCACAACUACGAGCAGCUCGUGGCGGGUGUCACCGGCCUGCUGCCAGAGUCUGACAUCGAGUCUGUGACGGAGCUGCCAUACCUGGAGUCCCUGAAGAGCUCCAGCAGCCCGGACAACCUGCAGGAGCUCCUGCCCACAAGGGUGCGGGCGCUGGGAGAUCUGAUCGAGGAGGAGGACGUGGAGCUGCUGCAGAACGCCUCCACCAAGGUCGACGCGGCGACGCUGAAGCCCGCAGAGUAUCCGGAGAACCCUGACAUGGAGUGGUGUCCCCCCGGGCACGGCGACAUCUACCCCUCCCUGCUGGGCUCUGGAAUGCUGGACAGGCUGCUCAAGAAGGGACUGAAAUUCCUGUUUGUCAGUAACUCUGACAACUUGGGCGCCACCCUGGACCUGGACCUGCUGGCAUACUUUGCCUCCUCCGACAAGUCCUUUGUCAUGGAGGUGGCGGAGCGCACCGCCUCAGACAAGAAGGGGGGGCACCUGGCCAAGCGCAAGUCGGAUGGGCGUCUGGUGCUGCGCGAGAGUGCGCAGUGCCCCGACGGCGACAAGGCGGCCUUUGAGGACAUCUCCAAGCACAAGUUCUUCAACACCAACAAUCUGUGGGUCAACCUUCCCAAGCUGAAGGCCGCCCUGGAUGCAGCUGGCGGCGUGCUGCCCCUGCCCCUGAUCAAGAACAAGAAGACGGUGAACCCCCGUGACUCCGGCUCCACCCCCGUCUUCCAGCUAGAGACGGCCAUGGGUGCGGCCAUCGAGUGCUUCGACGACUCCGGCGCGGUGGUGGUGCCGCGCUCGCGCUUCGCCCCGGUCAAGACCUGCGCGGACCUGCUGGUCCUGCGCUCUGAUGCCUACAAGAUCACGCAGGCCAGCACCGUGGAGCUCAGUGACGUGGCGGCGCCCGCCGUGAAGCUGGACGACGGUCACUACAAGUCGGUGGAGGGGGUGGGUGGGCUGGUGGACAAGAUGGAUGCGCUGGUCAAGACGGUGCCCUCCCUCUGGCAGGCCACCUCCCUGACGGUCAAGGGGCCGGUCCGUUUCGAGGCCGGCGUCGUGAUCAAGGGCGACGUCACCCUGAUCAACAGUGAGUGCUCGCCAGCCUGGGAUACCACGACGCCCAGGCGGUACUUUCCGAGUAAUGGUUGCUCGCAUGCUGGCAGCCCGGCGUGUCUCCACCCAGCCACUGAAUGCCCCCUUCCACCCCACCCACAGGCACCAACGAGCCGCUGCCAGUGCGCAGCCGCAUCCUGGUCAGCACCACCAUCGACCUGGCGGAAGAGAGCAAGUCAAAGGCCUGAUGGGUGGGGUCCGCGCCUCCUCUUGUUCGCCACACCUCCCUCUCCGCCCCUGCCUUGCCAAGAGCACCCCCUGCACCCGUCCCUCUUACGCUUUGAGCACUUUUGUCUCGCUAAGAUGCUGGACACUGAGGGCCCUCUUUGGACAAUCAAUGGUUUCACAUGGGGCAAUGGAACUCAUGCGGGGGCAUCGAUGCCGCUGGCCAGGGCCGCUGCAGCUGAGGGAGGAAGGAGGGAGCGCUGUUGUUGCAAGGCCCGUUUCCGCUGGAGGGCGGUGCGAAUUUCCUGCUGCAGGCGAGCACCAAGGUCAGAGUCGAGCUCCUCCUCGGCGUGA